AAGCCAACACAAGCCCACUGAAAACACCAUAUUUAGCAAUAUUCAUAGUAAUAUUCAGAUUAGUAAUUUUUGGCAUGUAUUAAGUCCAAAUGGAGGAAGCAAGUUCGCUGCCUAAGUCUUCUGAUUUUUGGCCUUUUGCCAAAACGUGUAUUCCAUUUUUUUUACAGUUUUGAUAAUUGAUGACCCAAGGUUGUACGUGGGCCUCAUCUUCUUGAACCCCAAUUAAUUUCGCAUUUUGUUCUGCUCAUCAUCUACGUCGUAGGUAAACAGUUCUUUACAGAAUUAUGAUAACAUAUCUCCAUAUUUGCCGAAAACUUGUUUUGGCAGAUGAGUAUUCUGAAGGGUAUUCGUAAGUCCACCGCCCAAAUGGUCGUAACAUCAUGCCUAACACUGUUGCCGAUUCAGCUUUUUUCCCGACUAUUCUGGCGUUCUUCAAAUACAUUUUCUGAAAAUAUAUCAGAAUUUUUAGUUGGAAAUUUCAGCUCCUUUCGAAUUUUUACCCAACAAAAACAGUCAUUUAUAUGUGGGAAACUGUGAUGCCCAAUGACCACUAGCUCGAUCGGAAACCCGAAAUGUAAUCAUAAAUCAGUUGGAUGUGGGCGACUGAAGGGGCCCAGCAUCGAACAUGUUCCAACGCAUUUUGCCUGUGCGUUUUCUUUUAUUUUUUGGAAACCAACGCAUUUCUCAGGGGAGUUUUGAAACCCAUCAUCAUUACAGAAACUGCAUCGACAGAGGCAGAGACAGAGGCACAGGUAUAGCAGCUGAGCCCCAUCUCAUCCAGUGGCCCUAGACGACGCACGCAUCUGUUUGGACCGCGUUUCAUUCUCGGCUCGCACGUUGGCGCAAACGGUUCAUUAGCUGGCGGAUCAUUCCAUUCGGUCGGGUUUCGGUUGGGUAUUGGGCCAAAAGUGCAUUUCCUAACAUCGACAUUGGCCGGACAGCAGAAGCCCCUGGGUCUGGUCAUCUGCUUUGUUUUUGCUUCAUUUACCUCGAGUCGUUUCGGUUUCGGUUGAUGAAAUUCAGCUUCUUAUUGUUAUUGGUGCGCUGCCCGUGCAUUUGAUUGGAGUUCGAGUGACGAAAGUGCCAAGAGUCGAAGACAAUCAAUUAGAGGGUGCAUUACGAUAGGCGAUUCGAUGCAUCCCAUGAUGAUGCUUCACAUCGUGAUUUUAGCAGCCACUUUUACGGCUGCGCAGUGCUUUCAAUUGAACAUGACGCAGUUCUAUGAGAUGCCCCCGCUGUACGACUUGGAUGACUACGAUCGCUGCCUUCAGGAAUUGAGUGGCCAGAGGUCCACAUACUGCUUCGUCCGCGCGGAAGUCCAGCCCGAUGAGUCGGUGGCCGCCUGGCGGGCAAUUGCUGAGAUUUCGCAGUACGAUCGUCAUCACUUCGAUCACAGACAGCUAUAUUUCGGUCUAUGUCUCCGUGAAUGUGAGGCUUCUUUGGCCGGAUUAAAUAAAAGCGAACUGGAGGCCCUGGAAGCCGGCCUGCUGUCGGAAAAUGCGAAGGUGAACGUAUAUCUGGACUUGUUCUCGAUGGAAGCCAACAACCGCCAACGGCACCAGCGUUUGACGAAUGCCUGCCUGAACUGGCGGCUGCAGCGUCGUGGAUUUGGGGUGCUGGCCAAGAGCGUGGUGGAGUACUGCGAUGAAGCGGGACAUCAGGUGGAAGAUGAUGCGUGGAACCUGACCUUCUAUGGGAUCUUGGGCACUCUACUGGUCCUGGCUUGUCUGGGAAGCUUAGUGGAUCUGCAUCUAAAGCGAGGCCGACAUGACAAAAUGCUCAAGGAGCGAGAUCACUACAAGACACCGCCCAAGAGCACUGCCCAACAGGUGCUGCUCACGUUUUCGGUGGCCCGCAAUUGGUACCGGCUUAAUCAGGAGCCAAGUGGCAAGAUCGGUCGCGAGCUGAGGUUCCUCGACUGCUUCAAGUUCUUCGCCAUGUUCAUGGUGAUCUUUGCCCACACUAACUGGGUGAUUUACGAGAGCGCCAUCAGCAAUCCGCAGGAUCCCGAGCGACUGCUUCACACGGCGGCGGGCACUUUACUCGUUUCGGGAUCAUUGAUCACCGUCACAUUUUUUGUAAUCAGUGGCUUGUUGCUAACCAUUAAUUGGUUGGCCGUUUCUCGUUCGCUAUCAUCUAAAAGGGACACCUUGAGCUUCGGCCAGUAUGCUCUGCUCUUUGUCAAGUUUAACAUCUUCCGAUACAUUCGGUUGACUGUUCCAUAUGCCUUCGUAUUGCUCAUGAGUGGCGUUUACUUUGAGAACGCUGGAGGUCCUCUGUGGCGGCACAUCUUUGAGCGGGAGCAGCUGGCUUGUCGACGCAACUGGUGGACCAAUCUGCUCUACAUUAACAACUUUGUACGCACGGAUGAGCGAUGCCUGCUCCAAGGUUGGUACUUGGCAGCGGAUACUCAUUCCUUUGUGCUUAGCUUAGUGCUGUUGAUGCUGGGUCAUCGGUUUGCAAGAUGGAGCAAACAGCUCUAUGCGGGAAUUUUGGGCCUGUUUGUGGUCUUGCCAGGGGUGCUCACAUAUGCCAUGAACUACUAUCCCAUUUUUGUACCCACGCCACAAACACAGAAGGAUUCGUUUAUCGGAGAUCGCCAGUUCACCGAGUUCUACACUUCGUCUAUUAUGAAUUUCGGGUGCUAUUUCUGUGGAGUUCUGGCCGCUUUGGUUUACGAUCAGUUGGCUCUGAAGCAAUACAAGCUACGAGAGUUGAAGGGCUUCCAGUUCCUCUGGUUCUCACUCAUUCCAGUGGGUAUUCUAUGGCUGUUUAGUGCUCAUCCCAUCUUCCAGCACUACUACGUGCAUCCGUCAGCAAUUUGGGGAGCAUUGUAUGCCGGCCUGCAGAGGAACAUUUGGGGCUUUGGCCUGGCAGCCUUCAUCGUGGGCAUGGCCAGCAAAGUGGGCUGGAUUUUCCGUAAGUUCUGCUGCUUGCCCAUUUUUCGUAUUUUGGGACGCCUCACCUAUGGAGCCUUUAUCGUGCACCUUCUUGUGGCGCGAAUCGUGUUGGCCACAGUGCGGGAGCCCAUUUAUUUUGGAACUGGCAUGAUGUUUGCUUUCAUCUUUUUUACGGUGACCGUGUCCUAUCUCUGCUCCUUCUUGCUGGCCAUCUUUCUGGAGCUUCCCGUCUCCUCCUUCCUUAAACUUAUGAGGUAGUGCAACGUCUUAACUUAUAGAUUACUUAUAACUAGAAUAA